GAUCUACAAGAGAGAGAGGGAGCCCUUGUAGGAAGGAAUUCUCUCUUUGCUGUUUCUCUCCAUUACUUCGUGCUCACUCCUUUUCUUCGUCUCCCUCGUUUCUCCUCUUUCCCGGCGCAAAUCGGCCGCGUUUCCAAUCGGCCCAGGAAGAUCGGCCGCGCGCCCAAUCCGCGUGCCCGAUUUGUCCCCGAGAGUGGUGUUCGAGACGCGCAGCGAGAAGAGAAGAAAAAAAAAUCGCGAGAGGAGGAAUUGGGAGUGAGAAAUCCGAGAGGGAGGAGCAUGCUCUUUUGUGGUGUGGAGUUUUGCUGUGGAUUUUCCUGAAUGGGAGAGAAUGGGAAGCGGUUAUCCGGUGCUAGCAGCAGAGUGGGAGGGAGCGGCGGUGGCGCUACUGCCAACGCCGCCAGCAACGCCACCACCAUCACCACCACCAGCGGCGCCAGCAUGUUCGAGGGCCGCCCUGUUCUCAACACUCUGGGCGGCCGAUUCAAGAGCGGGUCGCCCACCCGGCCAUCGCCAGUAGCGGCGGUAGCGGCGGCGGCAAAAGGCGGCAGCAAUCACGAAGAUCUUGGCUCCAGCCACCCCCAUCCGCAUCAAUCUCCCUCGCCCUCUUCGCACCACCUCCUCCAUCUCCCCCCUCCCUCCUCGAAAGCGGCGGCGGCGGAGGAGAGGAGCGCCACGGCGGCGAUGACGACGAUAGGAGGAGCUUCCACGGCGGCGGCGAUGGCCUCGUCCCCCAGCCCGGCGGCGGCGAUGGCGUCGAGCGGCGCGGCGGAGCGGAGCAACGGGGAGGCGAAUGCUCUGGAAUCCGGCGUUGGGCACAAGCGCAAGAGCCCCGACGAGCCCAGCGGGCUUCUCCAGUGGGGGCAGCGGCGGAGGCAGCGGAAUGGGCGUGUCGUGGAAGCGACCAAGGGAGGAGGAGGAGGCGGCGCUGCCGUGGUGCCGCAGCACCACCACAGCUCCGCCAACAACACCGCCACCAAUCACCACCACCACCACCAACACCACCACGAGGAGUCGUCAAAGAAGAUGGCGAUCCGCGCGGAUCGGAGGGUUGUGCGCGCGGAGAAGCAGCAGCAGCACGGAUCCAGCGCGGUAGCGAUGGCGGCGGCGCCCGCGGCCAUCCCCACCGCCGCCGUCACCACCACCGCCACCACCACCGCCGCCGCCCGGCAGCCCGCGGCGCAUUCCUCCAGAUCGUCGUGCAUGGCGCCACUCGAAGGAAACUCCAUCAAGAGGAACAACGGCGAUGCCUGCAAUGCCGCGGCGGCGGUGGCGAAUGGCGGGGGCAGCAGCAGCGCCAGCGACGAGCAGCAGCAGCACCACCAGAAUCACGCCCACCACCAGCAGCAAUCGCCCCAAGAUCAGGCCCAGCCCGCCGCCCAAAUCCACCCCCACAAGCACCACCACCAACACCAGCAGCAGCAGCAGCAGCACCAUCACAACCACCACGGCGCCGCCGCCAACAACAGUAGCAGCCGGGGGGAUCGGCCAUCCUCGUCCCCGGCUGGGGAGUGUGGCGGCGGAAGUGGCGGCGGCGAUGACGAUCCGGGGCAGGCCCAAGAUCAGUCGGCGGAGGCGGCGGCGGUAGCGGCGGUAGAUCCAAAGGGGUGUGCUGGUGGUGCUUCCUCCGCCCAGGAGAAGGUUAACAUGGAGCUGUUCGAGUGGCCCAAGUUCUUAAUCUCCUUGUCCCGCAAGGAGAAGGAGGACGAUUUCCUGGCGAUCAAGGGAUCCAAGCUGCCGCAGCGGCCCAAGCGGCGGACCAAGCAUGUCGAGAAGACAUUGCACUAUUGUAGCCCUGGAAUGUGGCUCUGUGACUUGACGCGAGAGCGAUACGAAGUGAGAGAGAAGAAAUCGAUGAAGAAGAAACCGCGGGGAUUGAAAGCUAUGGGGAGUGUGGACAGUGAGUCGGAUUGAGGAGCGACGAUGCCAAGGUUUUUUGGGAUCGAUCACGCACAGUUCCAUAUCCAGCGCUGGGAGAUUAUAACAAUCGCCAUUCAUCGCCAUCCAGAUCCACCACCAUCACAAGUUCUAAAAUGGAAGCUUUGGAAGAGCAAGCAGCCGCAGCAUUUGUAGAGAAUCAAUCUUUCACACUUUUUUUUUCUACUCGAAGGCUCUCUGGCGAGCUCUCUCAUAUGUGUCUUUUUUUGUAGAAGAAAAACACACACAUACACACACCCAUCGAUCAGUUCGUCAAAUCCUUGUACAUGAUGAUGAACACCACCCACCAAGAACAAAGAGAAAAACAAAUUUUUUAUU